AGCCAUCCUUAAUUGGCUUUGGGUAGAUUGGAAUCAAAUAAGCAGGGUGACAUUUAUUACUUUCCUAGUUGUUUCUUUUGCACUGAGCCCUGAGAUUCCCAAGGAGUAACUGUAAAAGAUUUCUUUCAUUUUGUCCAUGAUCAACAAGGGAGGAUCAUUCUAAGAAGAGCAGGCAUGAGUUUGACUGCAAGAAGAGUUACUCUGCCUGUAAUAACACCAAUAGUUUUACAGAAAAGGGUGAUUAAAGUAUACAGUGAAGAUGAAACUAGCAGGGCUUUAGACGUACCCAGUGACAUAACCGCCCGUGAUGUUUGUCAGCUGUUGAUCCUGAAGAAUCAUUACAUUGAUGACCACAACUGGACCCUUUUUGAAAACCUGCCUCACAUAGGUCUAGAAAGAACAAUAGAAGACCACGAACUGGUGAUUGAAGUACUAUCCAACUGGGGAAUGGAAGAAGAAAAUAAGCUAUACUUUAGAAAAAAUUAUGCCAAAUAUGAAUUCUUUAAAAACCCAAUGUAUUUUUUUCCAGAGCAUAUGGUAUCUUUUGCAAGUGAAACCAAUGGUGAAAUAUCCCCCACACAGAUUUUGCAGAUGUUUCUGAGUUCAAGCACAUAUCCCGAAAUUCAUGGCUUUUUACAUGCAAAAGAACAGGGAAAGAAGUCUUGGAAAAAAAUUUACUUCCUUCUAAGAAGAUCUGGUUUAUAUUUUUCUACUAAGGGGACAUCAAAGGAACCACGGCAUUUGCAGUUUUUCAGUGAAUUUGGCAAUAGUGAUAUUUAUGUGUCACUGGCAGGCAAAAAAAAACAUGGAGCACCGACUAACUAUGGAUUCUGCUUUAAGCCUAACAAAGCAGGAGGGCCCCGAGACCUGAAAAUGCUCUGUGCAGAAGAAGAGCAGAGUAGGACGUGCUGGGUGACCGCGAUUAGAUUGCUUAAGUAUGGCAUGCAGCUGUACCAGAAUUAUAUGCACCCAUAUCAAGGUAGAAGUGGCUGCAGUUCUCAGAGUAUAUCACCCAUGAGAAGCAUAUCAGAGAAUUCUCUGGUAGCAAUGGACUUCUCAGGCCAGAAAAGCAGAGUUAUAGAAAAUCCCACUGAAGCCCUUUCAGUUGCAGUUGAAGAAGGACUCGCUUGGAGGAAAAAAGGGUGCUUACGCCUGGGCACUCACGGUAGCCCCACUGCCUCUUCACAGAGCUCCACCACAAACUUGGCUAUCCACCGGUCCCAGCCAUGGUUUCACCACAAAAUUUCUAGAGAUGAAGCUCAGCGAUUGAUUAUUCAGCAAGGACUUGUGGAUGGAGUUUUCUUGGUACGGGAUAGUCAGAGUAACCCCAAAACUUUCGUACUGUCAAUGAGUCAUGGACAAAAAAUAAAGCACUUUCAAAUUAUACCAGUUGAAGAUGAUGGUGAAAUGUUCCACACACUGGAUGAUGGCCACACAAGAUUUACGGAUCUAAUCCAGCUGGUGGAGUUCUAUCAACUCAAUAGGGGUGUUCUUCCUUGCAAGUUGAAACAUUAUUGUGCUAGGAUUCCUCUUUAGCCAAAACAGAAGUGACUUGUUAAACCAUUGAAGAAAAAGGACUCAAGAAAAAUGAAAUAAGAGAAAGACCACAAUAAGGGUGGAAAUGUUACCCUGGUGAAAAUAAUGUAUUUCACCUGCAAGCUACAAAAAAUAGUGUGUGCAUUGAAAAAAAGCAAAGACUUGAGUUGACAUUACAGUUGCCACUUAAAAUUUAUUAGUUAAAAUUAAACCUUAGGAAAAAAAUGACUUGGUGUAUUUUUGUGUGAUUUUACACUACUAUAAUAUUUUCUUCAAGUGUGCAUAUUUCAAACAUUCAUCUGUCCUUAUUGAUUAUAUAGGAGUAUUACAACUACAAAAUGUGAAAAAAAAUUGAAGUUGAGAAUUAUUUGAAGACUAAAUUUCAACUAUUCUACUUUUUAAAUAUUAAGAAAUACGACAAGAACUUGAAUUAUCAGUGAAAAUAAACUGCCCACAACUUGUUGAUAAAACUAAAAACUAUUUUGAGUGAUAUAUUUUCUGAGUUAUAACCUUAUAAUCAAAUCAUAUUUUGAGGUAACAGCUUUACAUUAUUUUGAAAUACAUUGAUUUUUUUCUGGAUAAUUUUUAUUAGUUAUUGAAUUAUUAGUUAUGCUAUAUAAUUUAUACUGGUAUUGUUCCCAUGAGUGGCAUAUUGAUCACUGCAUUUUUAAAUUAAUUUAAUGAUUGAUUGGAACUAUUUUUAAGAAAAUGAUAAAAAUAUAGACAAGAUUUAUAUGAUUUACACACACCUCCUCAUAGCAUAUAAUCUAUGACAAUGUGACAUUGUCACUUUAAUAUUUCACGUUUGUCCCAUGCUCUAACUUUCAGAGCACUCUUUAAAUCCUUUCACUAAUAGAUCAUUAACUGAUCAAACUAGGUGAAAUCAAAGAUUCAAAAUCUAUAAGGAUCUUAAUAGGUAAAUGCUUAUUCUUCUCUUUACCUGUCCCCUUUGCAGUUUCUUACUAUGGUGACAUCAGUAUGGAAGCCAAAGAUUUUGAAAACAUGAGACACAAAUCUCUCUUAUUACGUCUCCGAGACUGGGAUUUUUAUUUUUAAUUCUAUGACUCUGUUGCUUCCAGUGUUUUAGGGAAGGAUAUUCAUUGCUCUAAAAAAAAAAUGAGAGAAAGAGAGAGAGAGAGUAAUCAAACAUUAAAGUAAUACAAAAUAUUGUCCAUCUCCUCUAACUGGGCCUUCAUGAUAACAUUGUGAGAAAGUUAAAUUUUUUUUAGACAAUAUUUCAAAAUGCAUACUUUAGUUCUAAAUGAAAACUGGACAUUUUCUGUUGACAAAGAAUAUGAAAACAUUCACGAAAUGCUAGUAAGACAAAUUAUCACUGGAAAAUAAUUUUUUUGAAUUUCAAAAUAUUCAAUUUACUUUUAGUCAAUACAAACCUAAUUGCUAAGACACCAAGAUUUAAAACAUUAAUCUGAUGGUAUAAAAAUGAGCCUGGUUUCCACAAAGGCUUGGAAGAGACAUAGGACCUCCCAUUGGAACAGCAUAGAUAAACAUACUUGCACCUUUCAACCUUUCAGAAUGACCUUGAGUAUUUCUGAUUUAUAUUCAAUUUAUAAAAAGAUUGUGUUUUCAAUUGGAAUACAUUUUCUUAUUUUGUAGCCAAUUCAAAUAGACAAUAUCAGAAAGUGUAAUAUUUUAAAUACUAAACUCAUCAAUUAACCAA